AUGGCAGACAACAAAACCCUCAAAAUCGUCUUCGGCGCCAUGACCUUUGGCAAGCUAGAAACACUCGGCGCACGGGUCCACGACCUCCCCACCGCCGCCGACAUCCUCGACACCUUCCAACGCCACAACCACCACGAAAUCGACACAGCCCGCCUGUACGGCAACGGCUCCUCCGAAGAGAUGCUCGCAUCCCUCAACUGGCAGGCCCGCGGGCUCACCACGGCCACCAAGAUCUACCCGAACGCCGGCGGCAUCGCCGCCUCCGAGGACAGCUACACGCACCAACCCGCCGACCUCCGCCGCGGCCUGACCAACAGCCUGCGCGCCCUGAACACCGCCUCCGUCGACCUCUUCUACCUGCACGGGCCGGACCGCAACACGCCCUUCGAGGACACCCUCCGCGAAGUCAACGCGCUGCACGCCGAGGGCCGGUUCGCGCGCUUCGGGCUCAGCAACUUCAUGGCCUGGGAGGUCGCGCAGAUCUGCGAGAUCUGUCGCCGGCACGGCUGGAUCGCGCCAACGGUCUACCAGGGCGUGUACCAUGUGCUGCAGCGCAGCGUGGAGGCGGAGCUGCUGUCGUGUCUGCGAGCGUAUGGCAUCGCGCUGUAUGCGUUCCAGCCGCUGGCGGGGGGCCUGCUGACGGGGCGGUACGUGCGCGGCCAGACCGAGUUUGAGGCCGGGUCGCGCUUUGACGGUGGGACGGUGCAGGGGAGGGUGCACCGUGGGCGCUACUGGAACGAGAAGUACUUCGAUGCGUUGGAGAUGAUCCAUGAGGUGGCGGGGAAGUUUGGGCUGGGGGACGGCGAGGUGGCGCUGCGCUGGUUGAAGUAUCACUCGAAGCUGAGAGAGGAGCGUGGGGAUGCGAUUGUCGUCGGAGCGAGUAGUGUGAAGCACUUGGAGGACAACCUGGCGGAUCUGGAGAAGGGGCCGUUACCGGAGGAGGUGGUGGAGGUGCUGGACGAGGCAUGGGGGUGUGUCAGGGGAGUUGUGCCGAACUAUUGGCAUUAA